AUGGCAUACGAUAGGUUAUCAACAAUGAUACUCUUGGCAAUAGCUGUGAUAUUAGUGUUGAUCUGGUAUCCCAUCUUUUUUGUAAUAUAUGUAAUAUUUAUAUUCUCUGCCAUUGCACUCAGUGAUGUAGUAAUGACACUCUCAAUACCAAUUCUCUUCAUUUCGAGAAAUUAUUUCAGAAAGCUUACAAACUACAUUUCUUUCAUAGGAUGGCCAUUAAUUACAUUGGCUUUUGAGACAUUAGGUAAAAAUAAAAUAGUUUUCACAGGUGAUGAUAUACUUGCUGCACAGAAAACCGAUAGAAGUGCAUUGGUCACACUGAAUCACACUUACUAUUGCGAUUGGCUACUUGCCUUCAGUCUUGGUGAGAGAGUUGGAAAAAUAGGAAAUAUCAAAAUAGCAAUGAAAGAUGUGAUUAAAUACAUUCCGUUUGUUGGUGUAGGUAUUUGGGCGAUGGGAUUCAUCUUCCUCUCGAGAAAGUGGCAAGACGAUCAACACAAAAUCAAUAAAGCCUAUAGUCAUUUGCGUGCAGACGGCGAGCCAUUCUGGUUCGUAACACAUCCGGAGGGCUCGAGGAUGAGCACCAAGAAUCUUGAGGAUUCACAGCGCUUUGCAAAGGAGCGUGGCGCCGGAAAAGUUCCAGUUCUCAACAACCUCUUGUUACCGCGUCUCAAAGGAUUCGUUUCGUCUGUGAUUGCACUGCGCGACUGUACCGACGCAGUCUACGACAUGACCGCAGCCUACAAGAAACGACCGGCUGGAUUCUUGGCGCUGUUCUACGGCAGCAAUCCCACCGAGGCGCAUGUCCAUCUUCGUCGCUUCGACAUGAACUCACUUCCAAAGUCCGAAGAGGAAAUUGGAGCGUGGCUAUAUAAGCGUUACCAAGAGAAAGAUGAACUCCUGACACACUUCAAGGAGAAAGUUUGUCACAUUUUAGUUAAAACGAAUAAUGUCUCAACUCUGAGACAAAAGUUUGAGCAGUUUCUGACAUUACAUAAGAAGCAAGGAAAGGAAUUACAAACAGCAGAAUCCUCUCCAAACCUUACAGGCGAUAAAAAUAAAUCAACAAAUAUAAGUGUUAAAGAAGAAGGAUUGCAAACAAACGGAAAUCACCAAGACAAUAGCAACAGUAAUAACAGUGUUGGUGCAGAGAAGAAUCAUCAGAACAACAACAACAACAACAACAAUCAGCAAAGCAGUAGCAGCGAAUUGAAUAGUGAUAUCGAGUUGAUACCAACUGGUCCACCAAUGGCAGCAACUAUUACCGCAGCUGAUUUGAAGCGCGAUCGUGAGCAAUACUAUCGUGGAACCAAGGAGUUCACCAUCGACGACGACGAAGAUGAAUUCGAUCGAUUGGAGUUAAAGGACGAUGGAUCGUGGCAAGUCAAUCGUGAUCUCGUUGUCAAGCGUAUAUUCAGUUUGAGAUACAACUUGACUGAGGAGAUGAUCCGUGAUAUGCUCGAACAACUAAACACCACAAUGGAGAAACAACAGCAAAGACUGAAAGAGGAAAAGGAGAUAACCGUUGUGAGAGAUCAACAACAACAAGAUUGUUCACCACAAUCAACUCAACAGAAAGAGAUUAAUUUGUUACAGGUGGUUCAUGACGAAGGUCAGUCGGUGAAUACCACUCCUUUGACCACCGCCAACACUACAAAUGAAGUGGUUGUUCCAUUGCCAGAUGAAGUCGUUCAACUCGCUCAAGCUGACAAUGCUAGCGGUGAGAAUGUCGGUGAGUUGGAAGAGGACGACGAAGAGGAACUCGAGAGAAUGGAGCAGUUGCGAAGACAGCGUGAGAUUCAGAGAUUGAAGGAGGAGGAAGAGGAGAAUGAAGAGCGUAUGUUGAAGGAGCUUGCCCUACGCAGACAAGAGGAGGAGGAGCGUAUCAAGCGUGAGGAGGAAGAGGAGGAAGAGGAGCAGCGUAACUAUCUCAAGAGAAUGCGUGAGAUUGAGCGUUUGAAACAGAUGGAAGAGGAGGAAGCCGAGGAGGAGUCGAGCAAGCGUAACAGCAGCAAUCCACAUUCCUCUUCGAUCUCGAGAGCAUCCACACUCUCUUCGCUGUCGACAUCGUCGUCUUCGCGUGUCAGCACCGAGAAGAAGUCGGGAUCGUCACUGAUGGUAUCGCACACCUCUGCUGGAAAUACACCAACCAAACAGUUGCCACCCAUUCCAACAUCGGCUGCCACACCAGAGAGAAAUCGCAGUCAGACAAUGGCUUCUUCGCCACAGGAAUCGACACUCUCGCCAGCACAACACCCAGAGACCAAGAUGUCGAGAUCGCACUCUGGUGGAUCGUUGUUUGGUUUGACUCUGCCAUCGCCACCACCAAAGCCAGCAGCUGUCACCUCGACAGCCACCGUCAACAGUCUCGGAAACAGUGGAACUACCACCCCUACACCAUCGUCACUGAACACCUCCACCAACAAUCUCGCCACCAGUAUCACCUCCAGCUCCAGUGUAUCAUCACCAAAUCUCACCAAUUCCUCUCCAAAACGCAAAGAGAGUGUCAGUGCACCUGACAAUGCCAAACAGGCCGCCGACAACAACAAGAAGAAGAGUAACGCCACAUCGACAAGCACUACAACUACUUCCACCACCACCAAUGGCAAUGGACAACCAUCACCUGCCGAUAAACCAAAGGUUGAUGGUCAAGUCAAGGAGUCGUUCUUCAACAAGUUGUUCCAGAGCGGUAACAAAAAGACAAAGAAGCGUCUCUCACCCAAAGUCGGAAUUCCAUUCAAUGUCAAGCACGACGUACACGUAAACUUCAAUGCGGACACUGGAUUCGAAGGUUUGCCAAAGGAAUGGGAGGUUCUCAUCAAAUCCAAUUUCCAAGACACUGAAGUCAUGGCACAACCCGAGGCUGUGUUGGACGUCGUCAAGUUCCACGCCCAAUACAACAACUUGGAGUCCGCUCCACCUGUACAGCAACAACCACAAGCUCCACUCGCCCUCGAGGAAGCACCAGUCACCUUGAACGAUCUCAUCAGUUUGGACGAUCCCAAGAAAAUCUACUUUAACAUCAACAAGAUCGGUGAGGGUGGUGCCGGUGAAGUAUUUGAAGCUGUCAACUCCAAGACCAACAUUACCAUCGCCAUCAAGAAGAUGAAGUUGAAGGCACAGAUUCUCAAGACCGUCAUCAAUGAGAUUGGCAUGAUGAAGAACUCGAAUCACGAAAACAUUGUACAAUAUAUAGAUAGUUAUAUCGUGGCCGACGAGCUCUGGGUGGCCAUGGAGUUGAUGGGUGGUGGAUGUCUCACCGAAGUGUUGGAUCAGUAUCGUGAUAUCCAACUGACCGAACCACAGAUUGCCUUUGUUUGCCACGAGGUAUUGAAGGGAUUGGCUUACAUUCACAAGUUCAACCGUAUUCAUCGUGACAUCAAGUCUGACAACAUCCUCAUCGGUUGUCAUGGUGAGAUCAAAUUGGCCGAUUUCGGUUAUGCCGCACAACUCACACAAACCAGACAACAGAGAAAUUCAGUUGUAGGAACACCCUACUGGAUGGCACCUGAACUCAUCAAAGGAAACAACUAUGACUUCAAGGUAGACGUAUGGAGUUUAGGUAUUUUGACAAGAGAGAUGGCUGAAGGUGAGCCCCCCUACCUCGAAUAUCCACCACUUAGAGCACUCUUUUUAUUAACAACACAAGGAUUACCACCAAUUAAAGAUGCAUACAAAUGGUCGAAGGAAUUCAAUGAUUUCUUGUCGCUGACACUUGAAAAGGAAACAGACAAAAGACCAACUGCUGCUGAAUUGUUACUUCACCCAUUCUUGAAAAAGGCAUGCACUGGUAUCGAAUUUUACAAAGCUGUUGAGGCAUCAAAGAUUGCUAGAGAUCAUCAAAUUCAACAACUAAACUCAUUUACAGAUGAACUCUUUCAACUUACAAAGACUCUUGAUGAUCAACAAACAAUGGUGUUUCCGUCUGGUGAAUCAAAGACGAAAGAACAACUCUUAUUGAAGAUUAUCGAUCUUGACCCAAACCAUUCCAUUUCAUAUUACACAUUGGCAGUUAUUUUAGGAAAGAACAAUCGGUCAUCGAUCAUUCUACCAUCUGGUCAGUCAUUGACAGAACAACAAUUAUACUUGAAAGCAAUAGAGUAUGAUCCAUCGAAUCCUAGUUCAUAUUAUAGCCUUGCAUUUAAAAUUAGCGAAUCAAUUACACUCAAUAACGGUCAAUCAAUGACAAAACAACAACUACUCUUGAAAGCAAUAGAGUGUAAUCCAAUAAAUUCAGAUUCUUAUAAUAAGCUUGCAAAUAUAUUAACAAGUGGUGAGUCAAUCACACUUAAUAACGGAGAGUCAAUGACAAAACAACAAUUAUACUUAAAAGCAAUAGAAUGUAUCCCAAACAAUUCGAUAUCAUACUAUAAUCUUGCAUUAACACUUUCAGGCGAAUCAAUCACACUUCAUAACGGUCAAUCAAUGACUAAACAACAAUUAGUUUUGAAAGCAAUAGAGUUGGAUCCAAAUAAUUCCAAUUCAUAUAUUAACCUUGCAGUGACUCUUUCAAGUGGUGAAUCAGUCACCCUUCACAAUGGACAAUCAAUGACCAAGCAACAACUAUACAUCAAGUCAAUUGAGUUGGAUCCAACCAACUCGAUUUCAUAUAAUAACCUUGCAAGUUCACUCUCAUCUACUAGACAAAUCAUUAUGAAAGAUGGACAAUCGAUGACAAAACAACAACUAUUAUUGAAAGCAAUAGAAUGUAAACCAGAUUAUGCAUCUCCGUAUUCUCACCUUGCAAGGACACUAGUUGGAGAAAAAACUAUCACUCUACAUAAUGGCCAAUCUUUAAAUAACAAACAACUCUAUUUAAAAACAAUAUCACUUGAUCCUUCACAUUAUAGAGCGCACCAAAAUCUCGCAAAUAGACUCAAAAGAAAUGAAUCAGUCAUUUUCCCAUCUGGUGAAUCAUUGACAAAGAAACAAAUAUACAUCAGGGCCAUCCAGAUUGAUCCUAAUCUUUACUUUGCGUAUCAUGGUCUAGCAAUAGAAAUGACAACAAAAGAAACUAUUACUCUCCACAAUGAUGUAUCUAUGACAAAACAACAAUUAUUUUUGGAAGCACUCAAAUUGGAUAGUUCACAGAUAUCUUUUUACAAAUUAAUUGGACUAACUCUUGUGAACAAUAGACAAACAAUUACACUUCAUAAUGGUGAGCAAAUGUCAAGAAGACAACUCCUCAAAAUAGCUAGAUGA